CUCUAAAACCCCAACCGUCGACGUUCACUCCUCACCCCCUGCGGCCCUGCUCUUUUGAGCCUCACUCCUCAGUCUUCACGCCGCCGGGGCAGUGCUAAGAUCCAGGACACGCGCUGUCCCGCUAGCACCACGCCUCCCCUUGUCAUCGUCCUCCUCCCACGUGCUGCUGUGGGGGUGCAGACGGGAGACACAUCCGGACCUGAUUGAUUUCUUCGUUUUGUUCUGCUGGUUUACAUGGCUGCAAGAAAGAAAAAGCCUUUGCUUAUUGCUUGCCAAGCAACCAGUGCCAGAAUAACAAGAUCUCAGGCUGCUGCAAAUAGUACAAGAUCUGGGCUGGCUCCUUCUGUACCAGUACCUCUGAAAACGGAGCAUAACCAUGCAGCGAAAAAAAAGAUGAAAAGGGAAGCUUCAGAUGAAAAUGCUUCUGCUGAUGCUGGAGCUUCAGCUCCUCUGCCUAAAAGGCGUACAGUUCUCAAGAAUGUAACUAACAUAAGCUGUGCUAAAAUUUCCAAAAGGUGCACUGCUGUGACUGGGCUGAAGUUGGGUCCCUCCCAGAAGGCUGGGCAGAGCAUAAACAAGCAAUGCACAAACAAGAUCUCCAUGCUUCUCCCUCUGGCUGUUGGAGGGAGUUCACUUGUGGAUGAUUCUAAUAAUGCUGAAGAAACACAAAUGGUAGACCUUUUGGCACAGAAAGAGAAGCAGAUUGUUUUGCUUAAGGAGGCUCAGCCAUUACAGAAUACUGAACAAAACAAAGGCGGUGCUUGUGAUGAGGCAUCUGUUGAGGAAAGAAAUGCCAUGAAUGUACACGAAACUGCUGCCUUAAAGGCUGGGGUCUCUAAUGGUUUAAACAUUGUAGAUAUUGACAAAAAUAAUGGUGAUCCUCAAAUGUGUGUUACCUACGUUGCAGAGAUAUACAGAAAUCUAAUGGCCUCAGAGCUUAUAAGAAGACCUAGGUCAAAUUACAUGGAGACUUUGCAACAGGACAUCACAGCUAGCAUGCGAGGUGUUCUAAUUGAUUGGCUUGUUGAGGUUUCGGACGAAUAUAAGCUUGUGGCAGAUACACUUUACCUUACAGUAUAUCUUAUUGACCAAUUUCUUUCUCAGAACUGUAUCCAAACGCACAAGCUGCAACUUCUUGGGAUAACUAGUAUGCUGAUUGCCUCGAAAUAUGAAGAGUAUUCUGCUCCUAGUGCUGAAGAAUUUUGUAACAUAACGGCUGGUACAUAUGCAAAGGCUGAGGUUCUGGAAAUGGAGCAACAAGUGCUUAAUGAUCUGGGCUUUCAUUUAUCUGUUCCAACAACAAACACAUUUCUCAGGAGAUUCCUUAGAGCAGCACAGGCUUCUCGUACAGCUCAUCUGACCACUUUGAAUUAUCUGGCGAGUUAUCUUGCCGAGUUGACUUUAAUCAGUUACGAUUUCAUGAAAUUUCUUCCCUCAGAGGUGGCAGCAUCUUCGAUUUUCCUUGCAAAAUGGACACUUGACCAAUCUGACCAUCCUUGGAACCCUACUCUUGAGCACUACACGUCUUACAAAAGCUUCGAUAUUAGAACUUGCGUGCGGGCUCUACAGGAACUGCAGCACAACACCAGUAAUUGCCCCCUCAACGCCAUCCGUGAGAAGUAUGGGCAGCAGAAGUUCGAGUGCGUUGCCAACCUCAGGUCACCGGAGCUGCUGCGGUCGCUCUUCAGUUGAUGUGCUCCCCUGCACUCUGCUGAUUCACUCGCCAUUUGCUGCAACGAUCCUGACACUGUAUAAAAUAUUUCUUCAGUUUCUGUUCCAUUUCCAAACUUUCUUCAGUUUGAACAUGCAUUCUGUGACUUGGGUCACCGACAAAAGAGGCGCGACACACUAAUAUAUCAAUUUGUAACUCAA